UUCCGCUUUUGUAUAAAAAAUAAUUAAAAUUGAAAACUAUAAGUUCUUAAAUGUUGUUUAUAUCAAUAAAAAGGAGUUGUGUUUAAUUUAAAUAUUUUUUAAUUAAUAUUUAAUAAUAAAAAGAAAUGAAAAAACAUUAAAACAACAAAACAACAAUAAAAUUAAUAGGAAGAGAGUUGAUAAAAAAGGCAAAGGCAAAUAUUAAAACAAACAAAAAAAAUAAAUAAAAACAUGGAAUGCCCUCAUUUGAUCGGUGAUUGCAAAAUAAAUCGCACAUUUGUAAAAACAAAAAAAUGUCAGCUGAUUGAUAAAUGCAAUAAUACAACAACAGCAACAGCAACAAUAAAUAAUAACAACAAUAAUAUAAAAGAGGAAGCAGUGGCGAAUUCACCAACUCCAACAACAAUAAUAAUUGAUGGUCAACAAAAUGAAUUAGUUCAAACUACAAAUUUAACAAAUAAUAUGGGUUCGACUACAAUUAUAAGCAAUGGUCAAACUUUACAAAAAUUUUGGAAAUGUGCUGUGGAUGAUUGUGAUUCAAAAAAUAAUUGGAUGUGCUUAAAUUGUGGUAUAACGCUAUGUAGUCGAUACGAUAAGGGUCAUGCCCUUAGUCACUAUGAAACAACGAAUCAUAAAGUUUGCCUGAGCAUUGUAGACUUUUCUGUAUAUUGUUAUAAAUGUGACAAUUUUAUUAUAAAUUCCACAUCUCAAUUAGAAGAAAUUCGACAAUAUUUAGCAAAUGAAGAUGACACAAAAUCUGAAACAUCAUCAAAUACUGAAGAAUCAACAACGAUGUCAAGCUCAUCUAUAAAAUCAUUAUCGAAUAAUUCAAACGCUAGUAUAUCAUCAAAUGAUUCCGGUUGGGAUGUACAAUUACAAAUUGAUACAAGUUAUUGGUUAAGGCCACGUAAACGUGCAAAUUCAAAUGAUAGUACAACUGAAGGUAAAAAAGGUCGAAAAAUUCAACGAAAAGGGACUGCAACAAAAGAUAAUGAAUCUAAUAAUUCAAAUAAUAAUAGCACUAUUAAUAACAAUAGUAAUAGUAAUGUAUCAUCGUCUUCUACAUCUUCACCACAACAGCAAAAUAAAAAUUUCCGACGUUUUGUUGGUUUACGAAAUUUGGGUAAAACAUGUUUUAUGAAUUCUGUACUGCAAUCUCUUAGUAAUAUACAAGAAUUUAGUUGUUAUAUUUGCUCAUUACCAUGCUUAGAAAAAGAAGGUACCAAUAAUAAUAAUAGCAGUAAUAAUGUGACAAAAUAUAAGCAACGUGUCUACCAUUCGCGUAGCAUGAAAGAAAAUUAUGAGGAUGAUUCAAUGAUAUUAAAAGAUUUAAGAAAAUUAUUAAUUGAUUUAGGAAAAGGUAGCAAUGGUAAACCAGUAACACCUGAAUAUUUAUUACGUUGGAAUUUUCCGCAAUUUUAUAUUGAUCAACAAAAUGAUGCACAUGAAUUUUUACGUUGUAUGUUAGAUCGUUUACAUACUGAAUUACAACAUUUACCUAAUAAUAUUGAAUCAAAUAAUACAAUACAAAAUACAAAAAUAAAUUCAACAAAAGAUAAUAAUGGUUGUGCAAAUACUAAUAAUAACAAUAAUAAUACUAACAACAGUAAUAAUAAUAAUAGUAAUAAUAAUAACAAUAGUAAUAAUAGUAAUAAUAAUAAUAAUUCUAGUGGUAGUAGCAAUAAUAACGUAAAUUAUAAUAAUAACAGUGGCAUAUAUAAUUAUAGAGGCAGUAAAAGUUCAAUUGUAACAAAUGUUUUUGGUGGUUUAUUACAAAAUGAAGUGCGUUGUUUAAUAUGCGGCAUGGAAAGUAGAAAAUAUGAUCCAUUCUUAGAUUUAUCAUUAGAUAUACCAGAAAAAUUUUGUAAAGAUUGCUCCACAUCAGCUACAUCAUCAAAUAAUUCCGAUAGUAAUAGUAAAAAUUCAAAUGAAACAAAACCAAUAUGUAAUUUAAAAGAUUGUAUAUCAAGUUUUAUGGAGGUUGAAGAAUUAAAUGUAGGAGAAUUGUAUUAUUGUACUUCAUGUAAAUGUAAACAAAAAUCAACAAAAAGAUUUUGGAUUAGACGUUUACCUAAUGUUUUAUGUCUUCAUAUUAAACGAUUUCGUUAUAAUAUACAAACGAGAUUUCAUAAAAUUGAUUUAAAAAUAUCAUUCCCAUUAAAAGCAUUAGAUAUGUCACAAUAUGUGUUAAAUAAUGGUACAGAGACAAGAAGAAGUAGCCAAGCAAACAAUAUUUACGAUUUAGGUGCUGUGAUUGUUCAUCAUGGAAAAAUGGCAAAUGUUGGUCAUUAUACCGCAUAUGCAAUUAAUAAUGGUACAUGGUUACAUUUUAAUGAUCAUACAGUUAAAGAGGUAUUAUCAUCUGAAGUUGCUGAAUGUAAACCAUAUAUGUUAUUCUAUAUUAGAAGGGAUCCUAGUAAUAUAAAUGAUAGUAACAAUAGUAAUAAUUCAACAUCAACAUCACCAUCAAUACCACAAACUUCAUCAUCAUCAUCAUUAUCUGGCGAUUUACCAGAUAAACCUUUAAUAUCAACAGUUGGGACAGCAGCUGUUGUUGUUACAAAUAGUAAUAGUAAUACUAAUAAUAAUAGUUUAUGAGAUUUAAAUAGAUUUUCAGACUGAUUUUAAUUUUUUUUUAAUUUUUAAUAUUUUACAAAAGAAAUACCCUAUUUAAAAUACAAAAAAAAAACAAAAAAAAUAAAUUUGUAUAAAAUGUAAUUUUAUCCCUGUGUGUUUUUGUAUUCUUACAUUUUUCUUUUUUUUUUAUUAAAAUUUAUAAUAGAACUUUUGUACACAAUUGUAUCUAAUAUAAAGUUUCCGAUUUUUAAGAUAAAAUACAUAUUUUAUAAAAUUACAUACUACAAGAUGUUCUUAUACAUCUUCAACCUUUGAAAUAUAAAAAGGAAAAAACAAGAAAAGGGUUUAUAAUUGAAUUUUUACACAUUGUGUUAUAAAAUUGAAACUGAUUAUGUUUAAAUAAACUUCUAUUGAAAGCAUUUAAUCAAUUUUAUCUCCAGGUUAUGCCAAAAAACAAAAAUGAUUCAAAACUAAUUGAAUGUUUUGAAUAUAAAAUACAUAGAAAUGUAAUAUUUAUAAAAAAAAAGGAAAAAAAAAUGAGUGUAUUAUAUGUGUGUCAAGUAAAGACAAAAAAUCAUUUCAUUUCAAAUUUCAAAAAGCAGUAAAACAAAUUUUAAUAAUUCAUAAAAUUCACCCCAUCAAAUAACAUGAAUUCACUGAAUUACGAAUUUAACUAUUUUAUUACUGCAUUUUGAUGUAGAAAAGCAUUUGAAUCAGGAACUCUUUGAAAAUUGAAUAUGUAUUUAAAAUUAAAACAAAAAACAAUUUGAAACAAGUUAAUUCGAAAUUAAAUGUAAAAAUAAUACCAGUAAGUUUUUCCGUUUCCAACAUAACAGCGUUAUAACAUAAAUGUACAAUUUUCUUUAUGGCUGAUUGAUUAUCUAGCUCUUUUUCAAAAUAUUUUCAAUGUUUUAAAAGUUAACUACAGUGCAGAAUAAAAAAGAAAAACAAUUGAAAAUUUUAUUUUUAUGACUUGUAAUCUUAACUAUAAUUACUAUUCUAUAUAAUUCUAUAUAACUUCUCAAGUUCAUUUUGACUUUAUGUAAAUUUUGCAAUAAAAAAAACACAAUAUAUGUAUGUAUAUUGGAAAUAAAGUUUUAAUUUAAAGAAAUUAAAAUUAAUUUGUAAAAUUGAAAAGAUUUAAAUUACGUGAAUAUAUUAUACCCAAAUAUGUUGUGUAUCAUACACAGAAUACACAUAUGUACACAUCGUAUGAUGUUAUACAAUGUUAUAUAAAAAUGUAAUGCACACGAUAUCAUACAUAUGGUAUGAAAAUUGCAUCCAUAUAUACCAUAUUAUAUAAAAAGGAAUGUAACAUAUUUGCGUAAUCAAGUAACAUAUACAUAUACAUAUAUAAAGAUAUAUAGUAUAUAUAUAUGUAUACUAAUUUGUGUAAUGAUUUAUAAUUUAAUAUGAAUGUAUAAUUAAAGUGGAAUUCUGUAUGUGUGAGAAAAUAUUAUAUUAAAUAGAAAGUAUUAAUAAAUUUAAAUAAAACCAUAAACAACAAUAUAAUAUAAAAUACAUUAUCAUUUAUAAAAGCAAAAAAAUACUAUAUUUUAAGAACAUUGUAAGAAAUUUCCAAGGUAAACUCAAA